AUGAACCACCUCCUCAUCAACGUGAGGAAGACCAAGGAGAUGAACCACCUCCUCAUCAACGCGGGGAAGACCAAGGGGAUGAACCACCUCCUCAUCAACGUGAGGAAGACCAAGGGGAUGAACCACCUCCUCAUCAACGUGAGGAAGACCAAGGGGAUGAACCACCUCCUCAUCAACGUGAGGAAGACCAAGGAGAUGAACCACCUCCUCAUCACUGUGAGGAAGACCAAGGAGAUGAACCACUUCCUCAUCAACGUGAGGAAGACCAAGGAGAUGAACCACCUCCUCAUCAACGUGAGGAAGACCAAGGAGAUGAACCACCUCCUCAUCAACGUGAGGAAGACCAAGGAGAUGAACCACCUCCUCAUCAACGCGAGGAAGACCAAGGAGAUGAACCACCUCCUCAUCAACGUGAGGAAGACCAAGGAGAUGAACCACCUCCUCAUCAACGUGAGGAAGACCAAGGAGAUGAACCACCUCCUCAUCAACGUGAGGAAGACCAAGGAGAUGAACCACCUCCUCAUCACUGUGAGGAAGACCAAGGAGAUGAACCACCUCCUCAUCAACGCGGGGAAGACCAAGGAGAUGAACCACCUCCUCAUCAACGCGGGGAAGACCAAGGAGAUGAACCACCUCCUCAUCAACGUGAGGAAGACCAAGGAGAUGAACCACCUCCUCAUCAACGUGAGGAAGACCAAGGAGAUGAACCACCUCCUCAUCAACGUGAGGAAGACCAAGGAGAUGAACCACCUCCUCAUCAACGUGAGGAAGACCAAGGAGAUGAACCACCUCCUCAUCAACGUGAGGAAGACCAAGGAGAUGAACCACCUCCUCAUCAACGUGAGGAAGACCAAGGAGAUGAACCACCUCCUCAUCAACGCGGGGAAGACCAAGGAGAUGAACCACCUCCUCAUCAACGUGAGGAAGACCAAGGAGAUGAACCACCUCCUCAUCAACGUGAGGAAGACCAAGGAGAUGAACCACCUCCUCAUCAACGUGAGGAAGACCAAGGAGAUGAACCACCUCCUCAUCAACGCGGGGAAGACCAAGGAGAUGAACCACCUCCUCAUCAACGUGAGGAAGACCAAGGAGAUGAACCACCUCCUCAUCAACGUGAGGAAGACCAAGGAGAUGAACCACCUCCUCAUCAACGCGGGGAAGACCAAGGAGAUGAACCACCUCCUCAUCAACGUGAGGAAGACCAAGGAGAUGAACCACCUCCUCAUCAACGUGAGGAAGACCAAGGAGAUGAACCACCUCCUCAUCAACGUGAGGAAGACCAAGGAGAUGAACCACCUCCUCAUCAACGUGAGGAAGACCAAGGAGAUGAACCACCUCCUCAUCAACGCGGGGAAGACCAAGGAGAUGAACCACCUCCUCAUCAACGUGAGGAAGACCAAGGAGAUGAACCACCUCCUCAUCAACGUGAGGAAGACCAAGGAGAUGAACCACCUCCUCAUCAACGCGGGGAAGACCAAGGAGAUGAACCACCUCCUCAUCAACGUGAGGAAGACCAAGGAGAUGAACCACCUCCUCAUCAACGUGAGGAAGACCAAGGAGAUGAACCACCUCCUCAUCAACGCGGAGAAGACCAAGGAGAGGAACCACCUCCUCAUCAACGCGGGGAAGACCAAGGAGAGGAACCACCUCCUCAUCAACGCGGGGAAGACCAAGGAGAUGAACCACCUCCUCAUCAACGUGAGGAAGACCAAGGAGAUGAACCACCUCCUCAUCAACGCGGGGAAGACCAAGGAGAUGAACCACCUCCUCAUCAACGUGAGGAAGACCAAGGAGAUGAACCACCUCCUCAUCAGCGCGGGGAAGACCAAGGAGAUGGUGGUGGAUUUCCGCAGACGUCACUCUGCCGCUCCAGCCCCAGUGAACAUCCAGGGAAAGAACAUCGAGAGAGUGGACUCUUACAAAGUACCUGGGUGUUCAUCUGAACCACAAACUGGACUGGACUCAUAA